CACCAAUCAUUCUCCUUCUCAUCUACAUGCAAGACCUUUAACUCUUUCUCUUUAUCUCUGACUCUUUUUUAUCUCCUCUGUUCUCAAGCCCAUACGGGUAAUAGAACCUGCCCUCAAAGUUGGCUCUGCAACAGAACAGAACAUAACCCUUGACAGUAAACAGCACUAAUGAAUCCACUCACAGAUUCAGAUUCUUCACAUUUUCCAACUCUCCUCAAACACCAUCUUAAACUUGACUUCUUCUCUACUUCACAUCUUCUCCAUUGCCUUUUUAAACUCAUCGUCUCCAGUCCACAACACACACAUUCUCUCUCUUAGUCUUCAACUCAAGUCUUUCUGUAUAGAUACCAUAGAAUGGAAGAUGAUCAUCACCAUCAAGUAGAAGACGAAGAGAUCAACAAAACUAAAGAAGCCAGCAAGACAGACGAAGACACAUCUUCAUCAAGAGUUUUCUCUUGCCUCUUUUGUUCUAGAAAGUUCCAGAGUUCCCAAGCCUUAGGAGGCCACCAGAACGCACACAAGAAGGAGAGAACCGCUGCUAGAAGAGCCAAAAGGGCUUACGAUCUAGUCAACAACAAUGACUUUCUUCACACGCUACCUGUAUUCUUAUCAUCUCCUUCUCCGCACCACUUGACCUUCUUAAGCUACCCUUCAUCUGCCUCUGUUGGCUGCUUUCCGGCUGCUCAAUCCGACCAUCCAACCUUCAGAUCCAACGGUGCUCAUGCUGUGCUGGCGACAUCCCUCCAAGGCAGAGAUAGCAUAGGAGGGUAUUUUGGUCCGCAACGUGUUCAAAUUUUGGAUAAUAAUUAUAACGUGGUGACUAGUGAGAACGGUAGAGAUCAUUGUCUUGAUCUCUCCCUCCAUUUGUAACCUUAGCGUUUUAUUGUUAGACCAGUGGGAAAAGAUGUGAAUCUCUCUUUUUAGUGAUUUAAAGUUAUGACUAGUGAU